AUGGCCUCUGCCACCUCUCCAGCCGCCUCGCUUCUUAAGCGACAGCUCAAGGAGAUGCAAACGUGCAAGGAUCUUCCCGGAAUAUCAUGCGGUCUAGUCAGCGACAGCAACAUAUUCGAAUGGGAGGUGAUGCUCAUGAUCAACGACGAUUGCAAAUACUACGGCGGAGGCAACUUCCGAGCGAUUCUUGUCUUCCCCCCAACGUAUCCCCACAUGCCGCCCUCCCUGACGUUUCAAGACCCCAUCCCUUUCCACCCGAACAUCUAUCCCGACGGAAACCUGUGCAUAUCUAUUCUACACCCCCCCGAGGAAGACGAGUACGGCUACGAAGCCGCCUCGGAGCGGUGGAGCCCCGUGCAGACGCCAGAGACGAUCCUCCUAAGCACAAUCAGCCUGUUCCACGAUCCCAACAACGAGAGCCCGGCGAAUGUGGAGGCGGCGAGGAUGUUGCGCGAGGAGAGCCAAGGGAAGCACAAGGACUUUAGGAAAAGGUGCAGGAAGUGCGUGAGAGAGAGCCUGGGCGAGGACUAG